UUAUUUUCUCUUCCUCAUUUUCAUUCAUCCACCUUCUCACUCUUUCUUUUUUCCCCUUGUAAGUCUUUAUCAUCUUCUCUAUGUCUCCGACACUGAGCUCUCAGGGAGUAUUCUUAGCCACUGCCAUGGCUGCUGUUUCUGGUACUGUAAUUCUUCUGGCUCUUCGCCGUCAGAAGUCGUCCCCAACUACCCAAUUUUCCAUUGAUCAUAUUCCUCAUGACUCCUCACAAGAACAAGUUCUACGAUCUUGUAUUUCUUCUGGUUGUUUAAAUAUAGAGGGAAAAAAGAGAGAGAAGAAGAAGAAGAAGAAGAAGAAGAAGAGAGUGCAGUUUGCAGAAGAUGUUGUGGAUCCAAAAGGGAAUGGACAAGAGUUCAGGAAGCAACAUAGAGUUUUAAGAGAAGCUUCUUCUGCAGAAGAUGUUGUGGAUCCAAAAGGGAAUGGACAAGAGUUCAGGAAGCAACAUAGAGUUUUAAGAGAAGCUUCUUCUUCUUCUUCUUCUUCUUCUUCUACUUCAUCUUCAUCGUCAUGUCAGUCAGAGUUCAAGAAGACUGGAGAAAUGCCUGCCAAUAGGAUGGCUCUGUACCAUGGAAAACUGAGAGAUCGUGGGUUUCAACGAUUGCGUUACGCCUACUGAUCCAUGUACAAUAUUUGAAUAAUUUUCCUGCCGUCAGUCCUCAGCCUUUAAUUUUAGCCCAUUUUUGUAAAUACAUCUUGGAAAAUGUUGGAAUUUGAGAGGGUAAUAGGCCCACAAGCUCGCUAUUUCCAGAAAUUAACCAGGAAUCUCUCAGGAUAAUCUUCGCAGAAUUUUUCUUCCCGGCAGGGGGGUGGUUGUUUCUUGACAUUUGUUCAUAAAUUGUAAUUUAGUGAAGAAUAUUUUUAUAAUACAGGCUAAUUACAUCUCUUCCAUUGGUCCUCA